ACCAAGGCUUCUUCGCCGCACGACGUCCGCAACGACGACGACCCUUGCUCAUCUACGCCCCGCUGGGGAGAGACAUGCGGGGUGACCGAAGAUGGACGGCGAACAACAGCAUGAUUGCCGGUGCAGGUGGUGGUUUGGUUGCUAGCGUUGCGACUUGUCCACUUGACGUGAUUAAGACGAAGCUCCAGGCGCAAAGAGUUCGACAUGGCGAUAGGGCGUAUAAAGGUGUCUUCGGUACGGCCAAGCAUAUCUUAUACACAGACGGUGUGCGCGGUCUAUACCGUGGACUUGGGCCGACGAUCCUUGGGUAUCUCCCAACUUGGGCGAUCUACUUUGCUGUUUACGAUGGCGUGAAGACGUAUUUCGGCGAGUUGCCGCUUGGUGCGACAGUACGACAAAGUGAGGCUCCGCGUAGAGAGGGAGGUAGGACGAAACCACAGAUAUAUCCCGCAGCGCAGGCAAAGGGCUAUCAGCCACUCGUUCGCGAGCAUCCGUGGGGUUUGCAUUUGUUAUCUGCGAUGAGCGCGGGGGCGUGUAGUACGAUUGUGACGAAUCCGUUAUGGGUUAUCAAGACUCGCUUCAUGACUCAACCUCCAUCGGAAGGGAGAUACCGACAUACUCUAGAUGCAUUCCUUACGAUUUACCGGACUGAAGGUGUAGCUGCGUUCUACAGAGGUCUUUUCCCUAGCUUGCUUGGUAUUACACAUGUCGCUGUGCAGUUCCCGCUAUACGAGAAACUUAAGGAAUGGGCGCAAGGAAGGUCCGAUACUCCCUUAACAAGCACUCAAAUCCUAGGAUGUUCCGGUACAGCCAAGAUGUGCGCUUCACUCGCAACCUACCCACACGAAGUCGUACGUACGCGCUUGCAAACUCAACGUCGGCUACUCGCGGAGCAGCUUCCGAAGACACAGCCUCCGGGGCCGGACGUCGGUAGUGCGGAGGAUGUGCGGAGGAUACAGCAGUCGCAGAGAGGUGGGGUGGUGCAUACGACGAAGAAGAUUAUUAGGAAGGAAGGGUGGAGAGGAUUGUAUAAGGGGUUAUCGGUGAAUUUGAUUAGGACCGUGCCUAAUAGUGCUGUUACGCUGUUGACGUAUGAGAUGUUGAUGAGACAGCUCUCCAGACGGACUCAGUCAUAACCCCGCUAAGCUCCGCGUCAGACUUCUAUACCAGUUCGUUCUCCGGAGCCCCUGCUGUUCACCGCAAUCUUCUGUAUGUCAUCGCUCAUCGUUCACCGCCCACGGUUUCAGCUGCAAGUACAUAGCCUGUUUUGAUUGACUGAGCUCUCGCGCAUACAUUUUUUUCUCCCGCUCUUCUUUUCUUUUCCUUCCUCCUUUGGUUAUCUUGUUCUGUGUCUUUGAUUUUAUAUCAACUCAUUUUAACCUCUCAACAAGUUUGAUGAUGACUUUAGAAUCUUGAAUCC